CGCCGCUCGCCGCCCAUUGGCCGUCGCCAUGGACGCCGCCGAGUACCCGCUCGCGCAGGCGGGCGCGCCGUCGCCGUCGUCGUCCUGCCGCGCCGCCGACGCCGCCGCCUGGGACGCCGUGCAGAACCAGAAGCGCCAGCGCUGCCAGGGAUCCUCAUCCAGUGAUAAAGUUGGAUCCUGUAGAGAAAACAAUUCCAUCCAAGCAUCUGAAGCUGAGUUGCAGAAUUUUGACUCUAGUGAAAUUGAGGACGAAGAUUAUUAUGUAGAUGAUGAUGAUGAAGGCUGCUAUGAUGAGGACGAAGGGUCUGACUAUGAAUUUGAUGACACUGACUUCAAUCAGCAUCUGGCUGAUAAAUUUGAUGAUCUAGAUCUGCCUCCAGGUGUGGAGGCUCCUGUACCUUGGUUGCAGAAACCUGAUGAUGGGCCUGGCAAUUUUAAGACCAUGGAAGAAAUAGAGGAUGAAAUUGGUAUGAGAUACAAGUUUUUCAAGCAGUUUGACACUGUUGAGGAUUUCUCUGACCAUAAAUAUGCUGAUAAACCCGUUGGAAAGACAGGGAAAGACUGGACAAAACGAAUCCAGCAUGACUGGAAACUCCUGGAGAACGAUUUACCUGGGUCCAUAUAUGUCCGUGUAGCGGAAAAUCGAAUUGAUCUUCUUAGGGCAGUGAUGGUUGGGCCUCAGGGAACACCCUACCAUGAUGGCCUCUUCUUCUUUGAUGCUCAAUUUCCUGCUACUUAUCCUUCAACUCCUCCAGUGGUACACUAUCACUCGGGAGGACUUCGGCUUAAUCCGAAUUUGUAUGCUUGUGGAAAAGUUUGCCUUAGUCUCCUAGGCACCUGGGAAGGUCAUGGCUGUGAGAAGUGGAACUCAGCUCACUCAACCAUGCUACAAGUGCUAGUAUCCAUUCAAGCUCUUGUAUUGAAUGAACAGCCAUAUUUCAAUGAACCAGGAUAUGAAAUGUAUGCUGACAAGGCUGUUGGACAGAGGAGUUCCUUAGAGUAUAAUGAUACAACAUUUGAGUACUCCUGCAGGACAAUGUUGUACUCGCUUCGUAGGGCUCCACAGCACUUUGAAGAUCUUGUAGCCGGCCACUUUCGUGAACGUGGCCGUGCCAUUCUGGCUGCAUGCAAAUACUACAUGGAGGGUAAUAAAGUUGGGUGCGUAGUUCCUGAAGAAGACGAUGAGGGCAAGGAACUAGAGAGCUCAAAUGCAGAAGGAUCCAGCAGCAGCAGCAGCAGCAGUUUAGUGAAACCACAUAGUAAUAAGGUAGAGCUAGCUGCAGCUGCAGGUCGCGCCGUAACCUUCAAGGCGCACAUGGAGGUUCUGUUUGAAGAGCUCCUGAUGGAAUUUAAUGUGAAGGGUGCUGACACCAAGAAGUUUUGUGCUGAGAAGCUGAAGAAGAGCCAGCCGACUUCUUCUUGAAGAUAUCUGAGGUUCCGUGAUGAAGUGAAAUCCAUAAGAUGAUGUUGAUUUCGCUUCUUGCCUUAACUAUAGGAACGAUAUCUCCUUUUCGCCUUUUGCGGUACAGAUGGUGUGGUGACUUGAACUAUAAUGACUGAUGUUUUGUAUGCCGGUUGAAGUAUCCACCCCCUUACUGUGGUGUGAUCUUAAAACGGACAUCUACAUAAGGGCGUGUACAAUUGUAAACGCUUGUGUGGGCGCCUAGGGAGGAAAAGAAAAGGAAUGUUACCACGCAAGAGUUUGUUACUCCAUUGGAAAUAGCUAAUUGGGGUGCUUAAUCA